CUAGCAAGGAUGGCAGAACUAUCUUUACUCGCUUCGGCCGCUUAUUGCAGACAGGGGGGGCAUCAAAGAUCGAUCAUGUCUAUGCGUACAAAAUAUUUUUUUCGUGAGUCUCAAGGUUUUCGGGAACCGCUGUAAUAGCCCCCGAGAAAUACCAACCGCUUGUGAAUUCCUAAGCGGUCCGGGUUCAUCUGGAAGGAUGUGCAACACGGGUAAGGACUCUGGGAAAGUCCUACAUAUACACAUACGACUCGCAGAACCUGGAGUUCAUCUAGUCGACAUGACAACACCUGAGCGAGCUUUAUUAUGGAAACUGGCUCCAUGACAUCGCCCCCGAUAAUGCGGCGAAAUGCUCGGUGCUAGGUUGGACAAUUUUUGGUGGAGAUUGGGUGGAACACCAAGCCGAAGAUGAUAGGUGGUUGGACAAAGCUAGUUUGAGUGAUGGGUG